AAAUCUAAUGUUUUCCCAACAAUAAUAUUUCCUGGUUUAGCGCUACUAGAUCUAAAUCUAGAUUCUACUUCUAGACGUAGGCCUAGUCUAGAUCUAGUCUAAAUCUAGAAUGAUUCUCUAUUAAAUCUAGUUCUAUGUCAAUCUAUGUCCUUAUAAUAUAGUCCUUAGUCUUAUUCCAUUCCAUUGAAUCGGAUGAUUGAUAUUUCUAGAUUUUGAUAUGUGAUAUGGUUACGGGGUGCAUCUGAAACAAUACAAGACUAUUUGAAACAUCUCACUUGGUGAAACAGAAGGAUGUAAAUCAGAAGUCUUAGAACAAAUAAAAGAUCUAUAGCUGAAACUUGUUUUCCAACAUGGCUCAGAACUUACAGAUGCAGCAACGUUUGGCAGAAAAACUUAUCAUUCUGAAUGAACAUGCAGUUGGAAUGUUGGUCAGGAUCUACAAUAUUAAAAGGGUCUUAGCAGAAUUCAGACCAGAAAUAUUGAAAGACAAAGCCAUUCAAGCUGCAAUAGAGAAAGUUUAUCUCAAAAAAUUCCCUCUCUAUGACAGUAAAGCAAGUCAGCUGACUGUUGUAAAUCAAAAGAAGGAAGACAUUUUACAAGCUCUUUCACUAUUUUAUUUGACAUUUGUGGAAAUUUUAACACUAAAGGACCAAAUAGUUGAACUGCUGACAACAAUAGAUGCUCUUCAAUUUCAUUUUGAUAUUGUUUUGAAUUUUGAUCUCACAAAAAACUAUCUUGAACUUGUGACAAGUUAUAUCACUCUGAUGAUCCUAAUUUCACAAGUUGAUGAUCGCAAGGCAGUUUUAUCCCUUUAUAAUAAUGCAUUUGAACUGAAAAAUAGCAAAAGUGAUCCUUCUUAUCAUCGUCUUGGUCAAAUGCUUAUUGAUUAUGAAGCACCUUUAAAAAAAUUGACUGAGGAAUUUGUUCCACAUUCAAGGCAUGUAAUACCAGCUCUGAAAUCAUUACAUAAAAUAUAUACCACAAGAAAUUUGUCUGCUGAAGAACUGAGGACAUACCAAGUGCUAGCUAUUUUUUAUGAUUCUUCCAAGAUGGCAAACAUACCUUCCACUGAAAUGAUUCAGUGUGAGUAUUUGUCUUUAGAGACGAUGGAAAGAUGGAUUGUAUUUGGUUUUCUUGUAUGUAAUCAAGGUCUGUCUGACCCCUCAGCAGUAGAACUAUGGAAACUUGCACUACAGUCCAACUUAUGCUUCACACUAUAUCGAACAGAUAUGCUGCUCUACAGUGAUAUUAUAAACUUCUUUGAGAAUAUGAAAGGACAAAACAAAAGAGCUUCAGAGGUAAAAGAGUUCCAGAUUUAUUCUUUACAAAAUUCAGCAAUUUUUCACAAAGAAAGACGCAAGUUUCUGAGAAAUUCUUUAAGAGAUUUGUCACUAGCCUUUGCAGAACACCCUGGAUUACUAGGGCCCAAGGCAUUAUAUGUUUUUCAAGGCCUUUCAUUGGCUAGAGAUGAGAUCCUAUGGCUGCUUAGGCAUAUUCACUUGUCAACGUUGAAAAAACAAAACAUGAAAAUAUCUCCAGAUGAUUUUACUGACAGACAACUGCCUGAGUUAAUAUUUUACAUGGAGGAUAUCAAAGUUCUGGUGAAGAAGUACAAGGAAGUGGUACAGUCCUAUUACAGCCAAUAUUUAUCUGGAUAUGAUUCUGUUCUGCUUCAACAGCUCAUGUCACUACUGACAGACAUGACCAUAAAGAAUGACACUGCUCAUUUCUUGUAUUAUUGUAUGAAACAGACAAUCUCACUUUGCCCACCAGAUGAGUUAGUCUUGUUGAAUUCAUUUGUUGAAAGUCUUUCUGGGCUUCAAGACAUAGCAGGAAAUGAUUACAACAAUGUUCAACUGAAAGGUUUCCGUUUGGACUGGUUUAGAUUUCAGGCAAUGACUAGUGGCAGCAAAGUAGACUUAGAGUUGAAGACUGUUGGAGAAUUAGCCAAGCACAUGAACACUGUUAUCUUUCAUACCAAGAUGGUGGACAGUCUAGAUGAAAUGUUGGAAGAAACUACUGAACUUUCUAUUUACUGUUUUCAUACACCAAUACUGGAGCAUCAUUUCAAUCAAUGUAUGGAGUUCUUACCUCAACAUCGCUACAGUCUGGUGUUUCCUUUGAUUUGUUCUCAUUUUAUGAUGGCUACACACAGUCAUUGUCCUGAAGAGCGAAUGUCCAUUGGCAAUACAAGUUUGAAAUACAUUAACUGGUUCCUUAAACACAUUUGUAAUGAGAUUGUUGGAGUUGUUACCAAAAUUUGUGCACAAAAUGUUGAAAUGGAUCAAAAGUUGUUACCAUCAGAAGCUGUGCCAGCACUACUCUACCAACAGCUGAAGACUAAAGAUAAGGAAAAGAAAGACAAAAAACUACAAGAGCCUUCAAAACCUGGCAUUGAAAGUAUCAGAAAAAACAGAGAACAGUUAUCAAAUCUUGAUAAAUACUACAUGGCCUUGACAGACCUAUGUUAUGCCAUCAACUACAGCCCAGUUAUCUCUGUCUGGGAUCAUUGUUUUAUCCCUCAGGAGUUUUUACUUCAGACUUUAGAAGCUAUGCUCACUAAGGUGAUAGCUGACUUGACUCAAAUAGUUACAGAUGGUAAGACAGUAGCGAAGCCAAAAGAUGUACUUUGUGCUAUACAGUCUCACCUGAAUAUCUUACAGAAUGUUGGAAACUUUGUUCACUUAGACAUCAGCAGACUCUUGAGGAAAGUGUUACUUGAGCAGUCUCAACCAGUUGAUUCAAAUGGAGAAAAGACAAUCACAUCAAAAUAUAAACAUUGGUAUGUCGAUGUUUUAAUGACUCAUGUCCUGUGCAACUUUGAACAAAUGACUUACUCACCAACCAGGAAGUCAAUCAUCUGUCUGGCACAGUCUCAUGUUGAUCCACUGACUACUGCUGCAGAAGAUUUUAUCAAUAUUCAAGAGUUUAGGGCCCUUGCAGAGCUUAUUGGACCUUAUGGAAUGAAAUAUGUAGAAGACCAAAUGAUUUAUGCUAUCACUGCUCAUUUUGAUGAGAUUAAGAAACUGGUCAAGGCUAGGAAGGAUAUUCUUAUUCAAGUUAGGACCAACUUUGAUAAGCCUGGAAUCUUGGAUCUGGUGAAUCAAAAGUUAAUGACUUCCCACAAAAACACACAGUCUGAUGGAGAUGUUCUACUUAGUAACCUGAUAAAAAUUGGUCUCAUUAUGGCUGUACAUUCUCUUCUUAAGGAGGCUUUAAAUGAUGUCUUAACUCAGAGAAUUCCUUAUCUGCUGGGAGCUAUUCAAGAAUUUCAGGAUUGGGAAUUUCAAAACAACAAAUCUCUGCUAGUGACUGACUUAUUAUCAUCGAUUGGAGUCAAAUGUCCAGUUGAUCCAUCUUUAUUACGAAGACUCCAGUCAGUAUAUGCCAGUACUGAGUCUAACAAAGAUGAUUAUGACACUGCUUGUUUACUUCUUGUAUUUUUGGCCAUAUCUUUACCUCGGCUUGUUUACUGGGACCAGACUAUAUUUAAAGCUUCAUUAGAUGCCCAUUUCAACAGCAGCCAUUGUAUAGCCUAUGGACUCAGUCAAGUUUCUGGUGCUCUGUUUUCACUGUAUGGACCUGAUGAUGCUGGGGUCAGGCUGAAAGAAUUUUUAAAUUUGGCAUCUUCCAGUCUUCUUCAACUAAGUCAACAAAAUGACAAGGACUCAGCUAGGAAUAGAGAAUCUGUUUACCUAAUACUUGAUCAGAUUGUGAAGGAGUCUACAUUUUUGACAAUGGACCAACUGGAGUCUUGUUUUCCUUAUGUGCUGCUGAGAAAUGCUUAUCAUGGCUUAUAUAAAGUAACUCCUUCAGAAUUGUAACCUGUACAAUCUGUGCAAACGCUUUUCAUUUCUAUUAAGUCUUUCAAACAUUUCUCCACUCAUUCUUACCAUUGGUUUCCCUUGGGGGAAAAAAAACAAGCUUGCAGUUGCUCUAAUAGCUUGAUCAAACCUGAAUUGCCAGUCAGCAUGCCUCUCUUGCUCCUGGCUUAUCUAGCUAAGUCCCAGCACUCAAACCUUUUCCGCCCACCUCCAAUACUGGCCCACAUUAUGUCAAGUUAUGAUGAUUUUGGGUGGUUAUGGUCCAAGCUUCUGAAUUUGACCCUUUAUAUGUUCCACUUGUUAUGGGAAUGUGUAUUGGCUAAAGCCAAUGGCGAUGCUCUUUUUUACUUGUUCGUCUUAUAUUUAACUGUUAUUAUAUAACUAUUACUUCCUUUUUUUUAAAAAUUACAUUUAAUAAGAAUAGUAUUAAUGAAACUUUAUUGUCUAUUUAAAACAAAACUUAUAUUUUAAUUUAUAUAUUGCUACUGUCAUUAUUUAAUAGUUCAUUUUUAUCUAUCUAGUAAUUCAGUACCCUAAUAUAACUCACUUCAAUUUACUGGAAACAUAAUUGUUUUUAACAUUUUUUGUUGGUCUUUAUAGUUAAAAUCAUUACAAUUGGUAAAACAAUCUAUCAAAGUCAUACACUGUAAUUCAAAGUUGUUUUUUUCUAUUUCUCAUAGUGCCUAGAUUUUAUCUGGUAACAUAAAUUAUAAUGUUGUGAUGCUUGGUUUGAUGGUGUAAAUUUGCUUAACUUAAAACUGGUGUUAAAUUGCUUGUCAUAAUGACAAAACUGUACUGUCCUAUUCUAUUUAUAGGAUGUUGACAUGUUUAUUCUCUUAACAGUACAUCAUAUAGUUAGCAUUUUAAUUUAUUUUACACUGAACAUUGCAUUAAAACAACAAGCUAUUUCAAUGUAAGGCCUCGAGCUAGAGCUACUUAGUGUAUGAACUUAUUAUAUUUACAGUCAAAGGAUAAACAAAAAUAAAGUAGACAAUUCAGGGACAAAUAAUCAUGUUUUAUUUCUGAUUGACUAACAAAGUUCUAGUGUAAUAAGAAAUCAAAUUGUUCAGUUUCUUAAUAAAAGAGUUUAAACUAAAUGAAACUAUUGUGCACAUAAAAACAAAAUUUGUUCAACUGAAAUCUUAAACUCAUGUAGUGUGAAUGAAAUCAGCUGGUUUCAAAUGUCAGAAUACUUGCAAAUGGCAGGACAAGUUCAUUUAAAUCCUGUGUCUACUUUAUAAAUCAGGCUGCUUAAUCCUGGAUUCUUUUGUGCUAUUUUUGGCAUGAUUUUUUAAUAAAUCCAUGACAUCAGA